UAAACACACGCGGAUAAGUACGGUGUCGAGUGAAAAAUCAUGUUUUCUAAAAAUAGGAAGCAAUUCAAGAAAAGGUUUUCCCGUGGAAAAGUGUCCAAAGGCAUUGGGAAGAGGAGGAAAGAUGAUACUUUCCAGAUGGACGAUUUGUCUGACGUUGGAGAGGAUAAAUCCAAUUCUGACAGCGAAGAAGUGAAGAAGGUUAUGAAGGAAAGGGAUCGUAAUUACAAGAAAUUCCUAAUAGAACAGGGAAAAUCAUCAGCCAUCAAGUGGGAGACGUUCUCAGACAGUGAUAAGGAAGCUACAGAAUCACUCCCGGAAGAGAUUGUUUCAGACAAUCAAUCGAAAAUGCCGAGAAAGAAGAGAAAAAUCGAGGAGGAAAGUCAGGAUGAUCACUUAUCUGCCAAAAGGACAAAGAAGAUGAAAGAAUUCAAGGAUUCAGGCAGUAAAAUGGAUCAGAUUAAGGCCAAAUUGAAGGAGAAGUAUGACAAUGACAAAUGGAAUGAUAUUCCUGUCCAGGAAGCGCCUUCGCAACAGCGUUGCUUGGCGUGCAGGCAAGUUGGUCAUUUGCUGAAGAAUUGCAAGGCAUUUGCAGGGAAAUCCAAGGAGAUUUGCCUGAAAUGUGGAAGUUCUGACCACAAGCACUUUGCCUGUACUGUAUUCAAGGGCCCCAAAUUCAAUUUCGCCACUUGCUUCAAGUGCAAAGAAAUGGGUCACAUCUCAAAGCAAUGUCCCAAGAACAGCUCCGGCAUCUAUCCGGACGGUGGUUGCUGCAGUAAAUGCCAGAGCGUGGAUCACCUGGCGCGAGAUUGCCCCAAGAAGCCCAAGCGCGGCGGUCGGAAGCGCCACUCGAAGGACUCCAAGAAGUUCUUUCGUGUGAACAAGUCCAGAAACUAG